UAAAUAUUGUUAGAGAUUGGCGAGAAUAAUAAUGACAGUGCAUUUUACUGUCGUUACCGUUACGGUCACACCCUCAGUAAUUACCAAAAACAAAAAAAGAAAAUUAAGAUAUUCGAAAAGUGAACAUAUAAAAUAAAGGAAAGCGGUGAAAAAACCGCCGGCCAACACUAUAGUAAAACCUUGUUCUCCCUUCCCUACCGGAGUUAAAUCACCGGCGAUCUGCAGCAUCAGUGAACUCCGGCGACCGUCCGUACACUUCUCAUCACUGGUAGAGGUGGCGGCAGUAAGGUAGAUUGGAUGGGAUAUGGCGGAGCCACCAUCACCGCCAUUAAAGGACAACAAGUUUCUAAAAGGAGUUUUUGCAGUGGGUGGAAUUAUGUCUACUCUUGUCAUCUACGGAAUCUUACAAGAAAAGAUCAUGCGAGUUCCUUAUGGGGCAAACAAAGACUAUUUUAUAUACUCAUUAUUUCUUGUCUUCUGCAAUCGGAUUACCACAUCUGCAGUCUCUGCUGGAGUUUUACUGGCAAGUAAGAAGGCAUUGGACCCAGUAGCUCCACUCCAUAAGUAUUGUAUAGUUUCUGUGUCUAACAUCCUUACAACAACUUGUCAGUAUGAGGCUCUCAAAUACGUCAGCUUUCCUGUUCAAACCCUGGCAAAAUGUGCCAAAAUGAUACCUGUAAUGAUCUGGGGCACUAUCAUGAUGCAAAAGAAGUACAAAGGACAGGACUAUUUCUUGGCAUUCCUAGUCACACUUGGUUGUUCAUUAUUUAUUCUGUAUCCGGCAGAAGGGGACACUAGCCCAUACAGUAGAGAAAGGGAGAGCACCAUUUGGGGAGUUUCUCUUAUGAUGGGCUAUCUUGGGUUUGAUGGAUUUACAAGCACAUUCCAGGAUAAACUUUUUAAAGGUUAUGAUAUGGAAAUACACACUCAGAUAUUCUACACAACCGUCUGUUCUUGUCUUCUUAGUUUCGCUGGUAUGAUCAUGCAGGGCAAUCUUCUCAUGGCAAUUGAUUUCGUAUCUCGCCAUCAUGAUUGUUUCUUUGACAUUGCUCUGCUUUCUACUGUAGCAACAGCUAGUCAAUUCUUUAUUUCGUACACAAUCCGCACAUUUGGUGCUCUAACCUUUGCAACCAUAAUGACCACCAGACAGUUGGUGAGUAUUUUGCUGUCAUGCUUGUGGUUUGGCCAUCCCCUCAGCUGGGAGCAAUGCGUUGGAGCUGUUAUUGUCUUUGGUGCCCUGUAUGCAAGAAGCUUCUUAAAUACUAUAAAGAAACCGUUAACUUUGGAGAAUACAGAAAAUAGAGCUUCAAGUCCACCAAAGGCAAAUCCAUAGCGAGAUCUUGAAGGAUUCCGACAUUUGCAGUAACUGAUCUGACUUGGCCCUCUCUGCAACUAAGCUGCUCUGAGAUAAAACUAAGGUGGAAUAGACAGGACUUCUAUUGUAGGGACUCCGCGUGGAAGAAUAGCUUGCUGGUUGGUUUUUAACAAUGUGCAUAUAAUGAUUUGAUAUACAUUUGAAAGACAUUUUAACAACCUGCCUCAGAUACUAUUGUUGGAUAGACAUAAGUUAUAGAAGUUUUCUGAGUUGUCUUUAAAAAUCUCUUUCUUCACUGUUUCCAGUGCCUUGUGAAGGGCGUAGAUUUGGCGGAGAUGGUAUUUCUCUCUCAAGGAUGGAACCAUAUAUCUGCUUAAAAGAAGUAUGAUUUGUGAGCGCUAGCGCUCUAGACUACUUCAGCGAUAACCCAACUUCCGCUUUUGUGGCUUAUAUGUGGGAUGAGUUCUGCUGCUAGCAACAUGCAACUUUUAGCUUGGCUGAACCCAAACAUAUGUGUUGCAUUAGUUUACGGUAAAAAGUGACUAGCAUGGGCAAAAUUAUAGUUUUUUUAUAAUCACUCGAGUGCUGACGGAGGACAUGACCCUUGAUAGGAAGGUGUGGAGGACGCGAAUUAGGGUUGAGGGUUCGUAGGUAGGAGUACGUCCAUAAUAGUAGGGAAGAAUGCUUUGUACUGUGACUACAGUUUAUUGUAGUUUCUUGUUCGUAGUUUUUUGUUGAUGUUUAUGAUUUUGAAUAGCUUGUUUAUAGUUUUACCUUGUGGGUGUUUUGUUUCCUUUAUUA